GUUCUUCCUUCUGAGGGUCCCAAAGCCGUCAAGGAGGCUGCAUCUCCUAGUCUUUACCAAACACGAAAAAGAUGUCCGAACCCUAUGAUCCCUAUAUUCCCGCAGCACCAUCGAGUUCCUACUCCAAUAAUGGACAAAAGGCGCCUGCUGUGAACUCGAAAACCGCUGCGAUCCAGCAGCAGAUCGAUGAUACCGUCGGUAUUAUGCGUGAAAACAUUUCCAAGGUAUCUGAACGCGGAGAACGCCUGGAUUCCCUUCAAGACAAGACAGACAACCUUGCUGUGAGUGCUCAGGGCUUCCGCCGUGGUGCAAAUCGUGUCCGGAAGCAAAUGUGGUGGAAGGACAUGCGGAUGCGUCUGUGUAUCAUCAUUGGUAUUAUCAUUUUGCUUAUUGUUAUUAUUGUCCCCAUUGUAACCAAGGUUCGUGGCAAAUAAGCCUAAGAAACCAAAUAUUCAAAAGCGUGCUGUAAUAACGGUCUUACGUGUACGGCUUUCCAUCGCGUCACUCGCCUUUUUCAUCGCAAAAUUGUACCCUCUGUUUCUCGGCUGGUACUCUACAGAAAGCGAUACAUAAACAAACUUUCAUACGGCUACGUGUCGCUUUUGACCUUUUUUUUCAAUUGUAAGCACAGUGUCGGUGCUUUUCAUUCCAAUAUUCCAUGUAUGACUUGCGUUCAAAUGGCACGUCGUCCUUUCCAAAUAACCCGUCCGCAUAUUCAGAUCCGUAAUCAAUUGAUGCUCCACCCUAUGCGUAAGUGCGCGAUCAUGACCUCUACGUACCAGUUUUUGCACGACUCAUUCCUGCUUUGGUUUAUAUUUUUUAUUUCUCUUUUUUUCCUUUUCAUAUGUCUGCUAGUUACGUGAAUGUGCCUUUUAACUGUCCACAAGGAGUCUCGAUGAAGAGUCUCGCCGAAGAGCUUCCGUGUAUAAAGCUACCGAAUGAUGGAGCUACAUUUAGUAAACA